CAAUUUUAUCAUUCAAAUUAAACCAAGAAAAAUCAGUCAUUUUGACUUUUCUCUUUUUAAAUAGCAUUACAAGAAGAAAUAAAUACUAAAAAAACACCCAUGGGUUAGCAUAAAGAUGAACCUGAAAAAUUAGCAAAGAAAUGCCUAUGGCUGUGCACUCAAAACAGCUGCUGUCGCUGCUGAUGGUCUUUAUUGCAAAAGCAGCUACUCAGUUAAUAUCUAUGCCAAACUGUCCAACAAAGUGUGGCUCUGUCACUAUUCCCUUCCCAUUUGGAACCACCAAGGAUUGUUCCUUAGACAGCACCUUUCUCAUCAAUUGCAACAAAACAUCUUCAUCUUCAACCUCACCACAAGUACCUUCCUUGCCACAUAGUAAUCAAACUGUCCUAAACAUCUCAGUCAACGGCGAACUUCAUGUUGCAUGGCCAGUAGCCAGAGAUUGCUAUGCUGAAAAUAGAAAACUUGUGAACCAAACAUAUUGGGGUAUCGAUAUAAAACAUUUUUCCAUUUCGUCAACUCGAAACAAGUUGGUCGCAGUUGGCUGUGACACUAUUGGAGCCCUCUCAGCAUAUGAUUAUGGGGGAAACAACUACACCACAGGAUGUGUGGCUUUGUGUAACAGGCUUAAUGAUAUUGUGGCCAAUGAAUCUUGCUCCGGCACUGGUUGUUGCGAGAUUUCAAUACCCCAAGGUCAUGUGUUAAAUCAAGUAGCCUAUACUUCUGGAAGUGUCUUCAGCAAUCAUUCUGCAGUACAUGACUUCAAUCCCUGUGGUUAUGCGUUUUUGGUUGAAAAUGGAGCCUACAACUUUGAAUCUCAAGACAUCCUCAAGUUGGAGAAGAAGGAGUUUCCUGUGUUGUUGGACUGGGCGGUAGGGAAUCAAACAUGCCAGCAAGCUCAGAAGGAUCUUUCAAGUUAUGCAUGUAAGGACAACAAGAGUACAUGUUAUGAUGCAACUGAAAGAUCUGGUUACCUUUGUAGAUGCUUUGAUGGAUAUUGGGGAAAUCCUUACCUCAUUCACGGUUGCGAAGAUAUAAAUGAAUGUGUGGAGUCCAAUGACUGUGUUGAGGGAGCAACAUGCAUCAAUCUUCCAGGAAGCUACCAUUGUUUAUGUCCAGCAGAAUAUGAGGGAAAUGGGAAGAUGAAUGGAACAAAAUGUAGUCUGAAAUCCAGUACUAAAACAAGGAAAGAGAUCAUACUGAUCAUUGCCAUGAGUGUCAGCAUAAGUUUCGCAGCACUACUGGUGGGAAGCUUUUAUGUGUACUUGGCAUUGAAGAAAAGAAGGCUCAUUAAACUUAAAGAACAAUUUUUUCAACAAAAUGGUGGCAUGCUGUUACAACAAAAGAUAGUGAGGCGUGGUAAGUCAACUGAAACAGCUAAAGUAUUCACUGUUGAGGAGCUAAAUGAAGCAACCAACAACUUCGACGAAAGCAAGAUCCUAGGUCAAGGUGGUCAGGGAACAGUUUAUAAAGGAGUUUUACAAGAUAAAAGAAUUGUAGCAAUAAAGAAAUCAAAAAUCAGUGACAGAAAGCAGAUUGAGCCGUUCAUCAACGAAGUGAUUGUGCUUUCCCAAAUCAACCAUCGAAAUGUGGUAAGGCUUUUGGGUUGUUGUUUAGAGACAGAAGUUCCCUUGCUUGUUUAUGAAUUCAUUUCUAAUGGUACUGUAUAUGAGCAUCUUCAUGAUCAAAACCAAAUUUUAAAGCUUACAUGGAAAACAAGAUUGAGAAUAGCCAAAGAAACUGCUGGAGUCCUAGCAUACUUGCAUUCUGCUGCAUCUACGCCAAUCAUACAUAGAGAUGUGAAAUCUUCAAAUAUACUCCUAGAUCACAAUCUCAUUGCAAAGAUUUCUGACUUUGGAGCUUCUAGGAUUGUUCCUCUUGAUCAUAGCCAGAUAACCACUCUAGUACAGGGGACAUUAGGGUAUCUUGACCCAGAAUAUUUCCACACAAGCCAGUUGACAGACAAAAGUGACGUCUAUAGCUUUGGGGUUGUCCUAGCAGAGCUUCUGACAGGAAAGAAGGCAUUAUCUUUUAGCAGGCCAGAAGGAGAUAGAAACCUUGCAGUGUACUUUGUUUCUUCAAUGAAAAAGGGUCGGGUACUUCAUAUUUUGGACAAAAGUUUAGAUGGGUCUAAUACUGAGCAACUAAAGAAAGUUGCCCAUAUUGCAGAAAGGUGUUUAAGGGUAAAGGGUGAGGAAAGACCCACCAUGAAAGAAGUGGCAAAGGAACUAGAGGGAAUAUUAGUUUUUGAAGAGCACCGUUGGGGAAGUGGCAAUUUGUCUUCAGAAGAGACUGACAACUUGCUCAGAGAAGUGUCGUCGGUUAUCAAUGUUGAAGAUGGCGGCAUUAAUUCCUCUGACUCAUAUAGCAUAAACCAGAUAACGAUGUCAACUAUUGGUGGAAGAUGAGUAGUUGAUAUUAAUACUCAGAAUUAGAAGUUAGUCUAUCUUUAUUAUAAUGGUGUCACAGUGUAUGUUGUAUAUCCCCUACUUACUGGACAUAUCUAUACCAGUUCAAUUUUUUUAUUGUUUCUCUUAUUUGUUCUCUUCUGUUAAAGAUAAUUUUUCUGAUAUGGUUGAUAGAAGAGCAUAUGCUCUUAAAUAGGAUACAAUGUAAUUACAAAGGAAAUUCCUAAUAAAUUCUAAUCAUUGCCCAUAUUCAAUUCUAUAAUUAAGGGACAAUGAUUUCUAUCAUGGUUGUCAAGAUCUAGAUUUAGAUGUGAGACCUUCCAGCAUGUUUCCAUGUUUCCGCGGCGGCGUGCAGCAAAGAUCGCCGGAGAUGGCGGCGCGGUCGGAACACAGUGGAAGAUUGUGAAAGCAGAGAUCUAUUUCGCAGUUGGAAAACCCGUUCAACCCGCUCCGACCGAUCCGAUUCAACGCCCAUUCAAGGAAGACGACCCGUUUCAGCUUUUUUUGCGACCCGUUUCAGAUUAAAUUUGGCCAUGUUCAGAAUUUAAAGCCAGAAACCGUUCCUUUCUACAAGGCUGAUUUUUUUGGGGAGAGUUAGGGUUAAUUAAAAUUUCAAUCUAUUCAAUGAUAUCAUUUAUUCUAUUUUUCAAUUCCUUCUAAUAAAUGGUCAUCAUUCCUUCUUCAUCUCUCAUCAA